CCCCUAUUUAUCAGAACUAAUCCCGGAACACUACGAAAUGAGAGCCAUUUUAGCAUUGACAUUGCUCCUGAGCUACCUGACAAAUGUGCUAGUGGCCAGCGAAACACCAGAUAUUGGCAAGCUAACAACUACUUGUAUGACCGAGCAUGGUGUGACUAUUAAAGAUUUUGCUGAUCUAAAGUCUGGGGCCACCAAGCCAGAGGAUGCAAGUGACAAUAUUAAGUGUGCCACACAGUGCUUGGUAGUGAAACUUGGUUUCAUGGAUGAGGAAAGCAAUAUAUUAACAGAGAAUGUUAAGGCGAAAUUCGACAGUACUCCCAUGGAAAACACUGUUAUGGAGGCUUUAAGUAAAUGUGGCGGAGUCAAAGGUGUCAAUCCUUGUGACACGGCCUUCCAGAUCAUGAACUGCCUUCAACCAUACGUUAGUUAGAGAAGAUUGUCAGACAACGAUCACUAUAAACCCAAUCCAAUAGCGCAUUCGCAGGCGUCCUUGACUAUUAUAUUUUAUAUUUCUUUUCUAGUUCUCAUUAUUAAAUAACUUCUGGGUAAAUAAAGCUUUCAGUCUCAAUUGAUUUUUAAGAGGA